CGCCCAAGACAAACCUACUCUUAGGUUGUUACCGAGCUACCUAGUAGGUGCGUUGCUCGCUGCUAGUGUUCGCAGAACUCUUCAGUCGCCGCUCACCGUUCAGACGUCGCGCCCUCCUCUGUGGCCGCUGCUUUGAUCGAAUACUGCUUUCCUGCACCAUUCUAUUGCAGCGCCGGAUCGCUCGGUGCUCGCGCCUUACCCAGAAGCCAGUCCUUGAGUCUUGAUCAGAGAAAGGCGCCAUGGCUAAGUUCGUCGAGAACGCCCUCUCGAAGGCGGAGAAGUUCGUGGCCGAGAACAAGAAGGAGGUGGCUAUUGGUGCUGCUGUGACCACCGGCGCGCUGCUGGCCGCUUACGCCUAUCGCCGCGCCCAGUCGGCGGUCCCAUCCCGCGGCCCUUACCCGGUCGGUAGCCUGCCGAGCGAUGCUUACGACGCGGUCAUCGUCGGCGCCGGUCCCUCCGGCUCCGUUUGCGCCUACUACAUGUCUCGCGGUGGUGCCAAGGUCGCUCUGCUGGAGAAGGAGACUUUCCCCCGCGACAAGUACUGCGGCGAUGCCGUGUGCACCCCCGCCAUCCGCAUCCUGGAGGACAUGGGCGUGCUGCAGGAGCUGGUCGCCAACAACGAGGCCCACUUCGCCGACGCCGGUGGCUUCGUGAGCCCCAACGGCACCUCCUACAUCGGCGUCUCCAAGGCCAAGCUGGGUGAGGCCGCCUGCUGCGCCGUGAAGCGCAUCAACCUGGACAUCCGCGUCGCCAAGAAUGCCGCUCGCGCCGGCGCUGACCUCAAGGAGAAGUUCGAGGUUACCGGCGCCACCUUCGACAAGGCCGCCGGCCUGUGGACCGUCACCUCCGCCACCGGCACCGUUGUGCGCGGCCGCGUGCUGGUGUGCGCUGACGGCGCCACCUCGCGCCUGGCCACCAAGCUGGGCUACUGCACUGAGGCGCCCAAGGGCAUCUGCUCGCGUGCCUUCAUCGAGGGCGGCACCCACAACACCAACUUUGACGGCGUGUGCUUCUACCCCAAGUGGUCGCUGCCUGGCUACGCCGCCAUCUUCCGCCACCCCAACGACGAGCUCAACUUCUGCUACUACCUCAUCCCCUGCGGCAAGGAGGGCUACUGCGGCGAGGUCAAGGAGAGCGACCUGGCGCGCCUGCACAACGACGCCAUCAAGGCCGACCCCUUCAUCUCCAAGGCCAUCGGCCCCAACGCCAAGAUCGAGCGCAUGCGCGCCGCCAGCCUGCGCCUGGGCGGCCAGGGCCUCAAGACCACCUUCGACGACCACCUGCUCAUCAUCGGCGACGCCGCCGGACACAUCGACCCCUACACCGGCGAGGGCAUCCACACCGCCAUGAUGGGCGGCAAGGCCGCGGCCGAGUCGCUGCUGGCCAUGCGCUCCACCGGCGACUUCUCCAAGCAGUCGACCAAGCAGUACGAGGCCGAGUGGCGCCGCCUGUACGGCCACGACUUCUGGAUGAGCAAGGCAUUUGCCGAGGUGGUGUACCGCUUCCCCAUCCUGCUGGACGCCGUGGCCAGCGAGAUGCAGCGCAAGGGCGACAGCAUGAUGGCCAAGUGGGCGGAGAUCAUGACCAACAUGCAGCCCAAGACCUACUUCCUGCGCCCGCACGUGGCCAUCCCGCUGGGCAUUGCCGUGGUGCGCGAGUUCAUCGACCAGAAGGUGCUGGGCACCAAGAAGGACAACUACCAGAUGCUGCCCAUGCCCAAGUAAAGGGGCCCGGGGCGGUCUGCUGACUGGGCGGUGGCGAAGCUGGCGGCAGCUUGCCCGCCCACCUUGUCGCCGCCGGCUUGGGGCGGUGGCGCUGUGUGCCGCAUCGGAGCUGCCAUGGACAGUGAGCCCAGUGCCGCUGGGGUUGGGGAUGAGGGCCGAGGCCGGCUCAUCCGGGAGUGAGCGAGGGGUGCCAGGUUGAUGUUGGGACAUUAUCGAUUACGGGCGGUCGACACGGCCGUGCAGCAGGGCUCCGUGUGGUGCGGCGCGAAACUGGGGGCUGCGCGGGGGAUGGGGCUGUGGCGGCUUUUGGUGUGAGUCGUCCAUUCCCCGUUCUCUGUAUUACGACGUAGCCACCGCAUGUGAUAAGCCUAUGAGCCCUCGUUGCAGUGCGAGCCGCCUUCAUGUAUAUUGGCCAGUUGCGUGAGAUGGUUUGCUGCAGUGUGUAGUGUGGUGAUCGUGAGUAUGUGCUGUUGCCUGAUGUGCUCAGGCUGUGAAGGCUGUGUGCAGGCAUGGUCUGGGACACAGGUCGGUGCUGCAGUCAGACUGUGUGGCGCGUGUACCGGUUUUGACGAUUCGUUUGGUGCCGCUGAGGAACAUAAGGAUCUGGAGAGCUCAGGCGUGUAUGAUGCUGGACUGCCGGGCCUCUCAAUGGAGGUCCGUAUCGGCAGGUGCGCCCCGCAUCCGGGGCAGUGUGAGAGGCGAGGCGAGGUAUAUGCAGCUGAGCGAGGAGUGGAGGAGGAGCAGGUGCAGGGCGGGCGAUGUGCCGGGAGCGCCGGUCCUGCGGAGCGGUGGCCCUCCAGACAGGCGCGAUGUAAGUGCGACACUUG